GCGCCGGGAGAGGAGCUGUCGGCCCGGAGCGAUCCGCUGGCCCGGGGCCCCCCGAUGGCCGCAGUGGUGCGAUCACCGGUCCGCGUUGUGACGCCUCCCGCAUUGUCGUUCGUUCUCGCUGCCGUGCCGCCGCCACGGCCCGCGUUUGUGGCCCGUCCGCCGCCGAAGGAGGCCGCGCAGUGAGGAGUGGUAGCCGCACAGCGCCGGCAGAAGGCGGCCCUCGGCGGCGGAGGACAUGGGCGCCGGGCGCCGCGUCGCAGCCGCCGCCCCGACUGGGACGCCGCCGUCGCCGCUGCCGCUGCUGCUGCACGGGAAGAGGGCCGCCGCGGGCCCGCGCUGCUGAGCCCACGACGUCGCCGGACCCAUGUCGGACCCCGACGACACAGGCGGGCGCGAGGCGGCGCCGUGCCCGGAGGUCGCCCGCUGCCAUGAGUCGUGGUCGUCCCGCCGGUGGCCGUCGCUGCCCAACCUCGCGGCCGGGAGCCGCCCACGGCGCAGCUCGCCCGCCUGCUGCUGGGACUCGCCGGCAUCGCUCGCCGUACACACCGCCGCAGCCGCCGCAGUCGCAGGAGCAGGAGGAGGAGGGCGAAGCAGCGGCUCGGGCCCUGGCGGCGGGAGCCGCACGAGCAGCGGCAGCGCGGGCCGUCCCUUGUCCAGCGCGUGGCACACGGCGCUGGGCGCCGCCGACGCCAUGAACACGCUGAGCAGCCAGCACAGCGGCGGCGGCGGCGGGGCGGCCGCCGCUGCCUCGGCGGGGCCGGCAGGGGGCGCCUCUGGCGGCGCCUCGUCACGUGAGCGCCGGAGGGCCCCGCGCAAGGGCCCCAAGCUGGUUGAGAGGCCCCUGCGGGCGCUCUUCUGCCUCGGGCUGGGGAACCCGCUGCGAAAGCUCUGCAUUAGUGUCGUCGAGUGGAAGCCUUUUGAAUAUCUAAUUCUGUUAACAAUUUUCGCCAACUGUGUGGCUUUAGCUGUUUACACUCCCUAUCCCAACGGUGAUUCCAACCAAGUGAAUGCCACUCUGGAAAAAGUGGAGUAUAUAUUUCUAGUGAUAUUUACAGCCGAAUGCUUUAUGAAAAUUAUUGCCUACGGCUUCCUGUUACACCCAGGUGCUUACUUACGCAACUCGUGGAAUUUUCUAGAUUUCAUAAUUGUAGUUAUAGGUCUUAUCAGUACAGCCCUAUACGCAUUUAUGAGGGAAGGCUUUGACGUAAAAGCUUUGCGUGCAUUCCGAGUUUUGAGGCCAUUGCGGCUAGUUUCUGGAGUGCCAAGUUUACAAGUUGUUUUGAAUUCCAUUCUGAAAGCCAUGGUGCCUUUGCUUCACAUCGCUCUCCUCGUGGUGUUCGUCAUCAUCAUCUAUGCCAUCAUCGGGCUCGAGCUGUUCUCAGGAAAACUGCAUCAGACCUGCUACAACAAUGCGACCGGGGAGUUCGCGGAGGAGGAGCCCCACCCGUGCGGCGAGUCGGGCUUCGUGUGCGACGCUAGCAAGGGUCACGUGUGCCGGGGACCCUGGGACGGCCCCAACUUCGGCAUCACGAACUUCGACAAUUUCGGGCUCGCCAUGCUCACCGUCUUCACCUGCGUAACCAACGAAGGAUGGACGGGGGUCCUGUACAACAUCAACGACGCAAUGGGCAACGAAUGGCCGUGGAUAUACUUCAUCAGCCUCAUCAUCCUAGGAUCGUUUUUUGUCCUGAACCUCGUUUUGGGUGUCCUGAGCGGGGAGUUCUCCAAAGAGAGGGAGAAGGCGAAGGCACGCGGCGACUUCCACAAGCUGCGCGAGAAGCAGCAGAUCGAGGAAGACCUCCGAGGAUACCUGGACUGGAUCACGCAAGCGGAGGACUUAGAGGCCGACGACAAGGAGGCGGCAGAGGACCGGCUUGCGAGUCAAGACACCGACCGGGAGCAACAGCGGGAAGGGGAGACGACGAGUGGCGACGUCGUGGUCCCGUCCUGGUGGGCAUCCAAGAGCAAGCAGCUGACUCGUACCAACCGCAGGCUACGGCGUGCCUGCCGCAAGGGUGUGAAGUCGCAAGCCUUCUACUGGAUCGUCAUCGUACUCGUGUUCCUGAACACGUUGACGCUGGCAUCUGAACAUCACACGCAACCGCCUUGGCUGGACCACUUUCAAGACGUGGCGAACAUGUUCUUCGUGGUGCUGUUCACGCUGGAGAUGCUACUGAAGCUGUACAGCCUGGGCUUCCAGGGCUACUUCGUGUCGCUGUUCAACCGCUUCGACUGCUUCGUGGUGAUCAGCUCUAUCCUGGAGACGGUGUUCACAUAUACCGGCCUCAUGCCUCCCCUAGGAGUGUCCGUGCUUCGUUGCGUCCGCCUGCUGCGAAUAUUCAAGGUCACCAAGUAUUGGGCGUCGCUUCGGAACCUGGUGGCGUCUCUGAUCAACUCGAUGCGGUCGAUCGCCAGCCUGCUGCUGCUGCUGUUCCUGUUCAUCGUGAUAUUCGCUCUGCUCGGAAUGCAGGUGUUCGGCGGCAGGUUCAACCGCCGCACCGAAGACAAGCCGCGAAGCAAUUUCGACACCUUCUGGCAGGCUCUGCUCACCGUAUUCCAGAUCCUGACCGGUGAGGACUGGAACGUAGUGAUGUACGACGGCAUCAAAGCCUUCGGCGGUGUUGGCUCUCUCGGCGGGAUGGCCUGCAUCUACUUCAUUAUUCUUUUCAUUUGCGGCAACUACAUAUUGCUCAACGUAUUCUUGGCCAUCGCAGUAGACAACCUGGCUGACGCUGAAAGCCUCACUGCCAUAGAAAAGGAGGAAGAGGAAGAGGAGGAAGGCGCCGAGGAAGACGAGGAAGAGCGGCGCAAGCGGCUCCGCCAGGAGCGGAAGCGGCGCCUGAGGCGGCGGCGUAGGCGGCGGCGCCGGCGCGAGCGCAAGCGGCGUCAGCAGCAGCGGCAGCAGCGGGACGCCGAACAGAACACCGGCGGUGCCAGCCAGGACGAGGCCCCGAACGAUGCGGGAAGGGGCGCCAACAACGGCGGUCACCCGCCGUCGGACAAGGCUGACGCUCUGGCCGGCCACAUGAACCACGCGCCGCUCAUCAAGAUAUCUAAGGAAAAACAAGACAAGACACAAGUACAAAUUACUGUAGAAGACACAAGUGCUGACGACGGGAGCGCGAAAAACCCAGUUGACCAAGAGGAAAGCGACGAUGACGAUGAUGACGGUAGCGACGAGGAGGACGACGACGACGACGAAGACGACGACGAAGAUUACGGGGACGAAGAGGAGGACGUUGGAGACGAGGAAGACGAAGAAGACGAGGAGGAUGAGGAAGAGCUGGACGAGGAGGAGGUGGAGUCUGACGAAGAGUCCGUGAGGUCGGCGCGCCCGCGCCGCAUGUCCGAACUCAACAUCAAGACCAAGAUCCGGCCCAUCCCCAAGGCCAGCUCUUUCUUCAUCUUCUCGCACGACAACAGAUUUCGUAUCCUCUGCCACAAGAUAAUCAACCACAGUUACUUUGGCAACUUCAUUCUUGUGUGCAUUCUCGUCAGCAGUGGUAUGCUCGCCGCAGAGGACCCGCUUCGCUCAAACACACACCGAAACACGAUCCUGAAUUACUUCGACUACUUUUUUACCACUGUAUUUACCAUUGAGAUCACGCUCAAGGUGAUAGCGUACGGGGUGAUUCUGCACAAAGGGUCCUUCUGCAGGAGUUACUUCAACCUCCUUGACGUCCUCGUCGUCUGCGUGUCGCUCAUCUCGUUCGGCUUCGGAGAUGGGACCAUCUCUGUAGUGAAAAUCCUUCGUGUCUGUCGCGUGCUUCGUCCACUGAGGGCCAUCAAUAGGGCUAAAGGUCUAAAGCACGUAGUGCAAUGCGUCAUCGUGGCCGUGAAGACGAUCGGCAACAUCAUGUUGGUGACGUUCCUGCUCAACUUCAUGUUCGCCGUCAUUGGCGUCCAGCUCUUCAAGGGGAAGUUCUUUCGAUGUACAGACCGGUCAAAGCUGACACAACCAGAAUGCCGGGGAAAGUUCAUCGUGUACGCCGAGGGCGAUAUAACGCGACCGUCCGAGGAGAGCCGGAUGUGGGAACAGAACAACUUCCAUUUUGACGACGUCCUCAAGGCCAUGCUGACGCUCUUUACCGUGUCCACUUUCGAAGGGUGGCCCGACCUCCUGUACGUGGCCAUCGAUUCGAAUGAGGAAGACCACGGCCCACUGUACAACUAUCGGCCUCUAGUGGCAGUGUUCUUCAUCGUAUACAUCAUCAUCAUCGCAUUCUUUAUGGUGAACAUAUUCGUCGGCUUCGUUAUUGUGACCUUUCAGAACGAAGGCGAGCAGGAGUACAAGAACUGUGAGCUCGACAAGAACCAAAGGAACUGUAUCGAGUUCGCACUCAAAGCGAAACCCGUGCGGCGCUACAUCCCAAAGGCCCGCUUCCAGUACAAGAUGUGGUGGUUCGUCACGUCCCAGUAUUUUGAGUACGCGCUCUUCGUGCUCAUCAUGACCAAUACACUCACCCUUGCCAUGAAGUUCUACGGCCAACCCGAUUCCUACACGUACGCACUGGAUGUCAUGAACAUGAUUUUCACCGCCGUUUUUGCCCUCGAGUUCGUCCUAAAAAUUGUGGCCUUCAGGUUCAAGAACUACUUCGGCGACGCGUGGAACGUGUUCGACUUCAUAAUUGUGCUGGGCAGCUUCAUCGACAUAUUCUACUCCGAAGUAAACCCGGGAACCAACAUCAUCAGCAUCAACUUCUUCCGACUGUUCCGCGUCAUGCGCCUCGUCAAGCUACUCAGCAAAGGCGAAGGCAUCCGAACCUUGCUCUGGACCUUUAUCAAGUCCUUCCAGGCCCUACCCUACGUCGCCCUUCUCAUUGUGAUGCUCUUCUUCAUCUAUGCAGUUAUUGGAAUGCAGCUUUUUGGUAAAAUUGGUUUGGAGAAUGACGAUAGCGCCAUCGACCGCAACAACAAUUUCCAGACAUUUCCGCAAGCCGUUCUGGUGCUCUUCAGGUCAGCGACUGGCGAGUCGUGGCAGGAGAUCAUGCUGUCGUGCCUGAACACGGACGAGGUCCGUUGCGACAAGUCCUCCGAGGAAGGCGACCAGGCGCCUUGCGGCAGCGACGUGGCGCUCAUCUACUUCAUCUCCUUUUACAUCCUUUGCUCCUUCCUGAUCAUCAACCUUUUUGUUGCCGUCAUUAUGGAUAACUUCGACUACCUGACCCGUGAUUGGUCGAUCUUAGGACCUCACCACUUGGAUGAGUUCGUUCGCCUAUGGUCAGAAUACGACCCGGAUGCCAAAGGGCGCAUCAAGCACUUGGACGUGGUGACGCUGCUGCGGAAGAUCCAACCCCCUCUGGGAUUUGGAAAGCUUUGCCCCCAUCGGGUCGCCUGCAAGAAACUAGUAUCAAUGAACAUGCCACUGAAUAGCGAUGGCACGGUCAUGUUCAACGCCACUUUGUUUGCUGUAGUUCGUACUUCGCUCAAGAUUAAAACAGACGGGAAUAUUGACACUGCCAAUGAAGAACUAAGAGCCAUCAUAAAGAAGAUCUGGAAGAGGACCAGCCCCAAGCUACUCGACCAAGUGGUGCCGCCCGCAGCGGACGAUGAUGUGACGGUGGGGAAGUUCUACGCGACCUUCCUGAUCCAGGACUACUUCCGGAGGUUCAAGAAGCGCAAGGAGGAGCGAGCAUCGCAGAAGGAGCCCAACGAAAGCACCGUCGCCCUGCAGGCGGGCCUCAGAGAACUGCACGAGAUGGGGCCUGAAAUCCGACGCGCUGUAUCCGGGAACCUGGACCAGGAUUUCGAAGAAGGACAAGACAACGAACCUAUGCACCGACGCAACCACACCCUGUUCGGGAGCAUGUGGUCGUCGAUGCGGGCCGCGAGCCGGCCGCACAGCGGCGUGUCGGGGGCGACGCGCGCCCCUCCGCCGCAGGGCUACCAGCACGCGAGGGUCUCGCCGACGGCCUCGCUCGACCACCGGCUGCCGCAGCGCGCGUCCAACCACGUGCAGCUGCGCUCCAAGCACGAUGGCACUGUGGCCUCGCCCAGGAGUCCUUCCAGCUCCACACGAACGCCCUCCUUUCGUGCCCACUCUCCUCCUGCAUGCGCCUCGUCGACCGAGGACCCCGACCAGUGCGGGGCGCCGUCGUCGUCGCCGUCGGCCACGACCCGACAGGCGCCGUCGGUGUCGCCCAGCAGCUCGCCGCUGCACGUGGCGCCGGGUGGUUCGUCGGCUGCGGGAAGCUCGUGCGCCGGCAGCAGCUCGCUGUACGGCGAGGACGAAGACGACGACGGCCGCAGGGCUGCCGAGACCAUCCCGCUGCGCUCACUGCGGCGGUCGCGCUCAGCGCGCCAGCCGUCGACGACCACGAGCAGCGGGUCGCCGGCGUUGGGCGCCAGGGCCUCGUUUCAGCCGGACUUCUACUUCUGUCAACCCCACACAAGCGGCGAAGAGGAAGACGGCGCUGUGGGCCGCGCGCCCACUCCGCCCCCCCGCCGAGGCCUGGUGGGCGCGGUGCGCGCGGGCAGCUUCCGGCUGCCGUGCCUCAGCAAGCAGGACAGCCACGAGCGACCCAUCUUGAGCUGCAGCUCGAGCUCGCACGACACGCCGCCGCUGUUUCGGCCGGGCUCGUCGGGCCUGCUGCGAGCGGGCACCGAGCCCUCGUCAUCGUCUUCGCUGCAUCCCACCAUGCACAGGAUCGCCGCCUCGCUGCGCCAGGCGCCCCUGCCGGCCAUGGCCGUCGCGGGGUUGGCGCCCGGGAGCCCGCCCGCUUUGCUGAGGGGGUCGAGCCCGCCUCCGGGACGCUUCCUGCACAGGGCGUCCUACCACGGCUCGUCGCGGGGCAGCCCUGGCCUGGACCAGAACCACCUGACGAGCGGUGCGCCGAGGAGACCCGAGGACUCGCCCAGCGCCUUCGUGGGAAGCGCCGAGAACCUCGUUGGACGGGUUCUCCACGAGCAAGGCCUGGGCAAGUACUGCGACGCCGACUUCGUGCGGGCCGCUCAGCGAGAGCUGGCGGAAGCCUUCAACCUGACCCAGGAGGAGAUGGACAGGGCGGCGCACGAGAUCCUUCAGGCUGAACGCCGCCGAAGCAUGCCGCAGCUUCACCGCCCGGGCCACGGCGGUGUCGACGACUAUGUUGCCACAACGAGUCCCACGGAUGAGAACGCUGCCGCGCACGUCGAGCUGCCCGUGGUGGCCACAUCGCCGACGGAGAACAGAAGCCCUCCUGCGGAGCAGCGGGCCGACGUUGCCGCGACGUCCCCGACGCGACCCCAGUCGCCAGGACAGCCGUCCGCCAACGGCAAAACUGGAGGCUUCAGGGACACGCCCUUAUAGCGGCGGCAGCGACGACCUCCCACAAUUGUCCGGGCCUUCGAGUUGGCCAUUCAGUGACAACGGGGACUGCAGCACGCGUCAUCGUGGCAAAAGGCGGUGACGACGUCUGCCCUGUAUCGCAACAACAGGCGUUCACCUUUGUUGACAGGCGAAGGUACCAUCGAAGAGCCGUUCCUCGUCGGCAGUGCCUGCGACGCGCCACCAAGGUAGCGCGGAACGUCUCCUUGUAGUGCCCAGCAUCAAGCGAUUACGCGCUUGGUCUCAUUGGUCCUGUCCAAUGCGCCCAGUGGGGACAAUGUGUACGCGGGCGCAUUGGCUUCGGACUGCGUCGUUUCCUUCUUUUUUGGCGACGGUGGUUCGUGCCACCAGGAGCUACAGGCCGCGUCUCCAAUACUCCUUGUCACAUUUGUUCCAUGGCAGUCGCCAUCGAGAACCAUCGCCUUUGAGUAGCGCCCGCAGCCUCUCCGGAAGGACGGACUAUCGCAUCACGAGCUCUUUCGAGACUACGUUCGUCGCCCUUCAAUCAAACUCAUUUUCCACGAAUCUCCGUGAACGGGAACACAACGUGACUUUCUGGCAACUUCCAGCGAAGAGGACUUUAACAAACGGUUCAUCGAACGAUUGACUUUGCUAUCUGACGCUUUUUGAAAAGACAUGGCCCCCGAACAGGAAUGCGUUCAUUGACCCAGUGAAGAGUUCAAGAGGACUUCAUGCUCGAGAGCCCGAGCGCAGCCGUAGAAAGAAGAAAAAAGAAAACGCUCCUUGUCCAUUUUCGCGCGCUUAGCUUUUUAAGCCCCUGCAACCCCACCAUAGCAUAGCUGCGUAGUUCUCUUGUGGGGCCGUGUACAUAGCUGUACAGUCGUCAGAAGGGUCUUCGCAGAAGUCGACCUGUCGUGUGAACACUCCAGUGCCUUUUUCUCUCUCUCUCUCUCUCUCUCUCUAUCUUACGCACCUUUUUUCUCCGUAGUGCGAGCGGGGGCCUGUAGGACGCAAUUACGGCUGAAUUUCAAUGGUUGUGUGCCCCGAGAAAGUGCUCGAGUCUAAACCACACGCCCUUCUUCGUUUUUGUUUCGGUAUUAGUGCUGCCAGCAACACUUGUUCUCGAAACCAGCGAUGUGUGGUGGACUAGAACACUAUGCCUGGAUGAACGCAUCGCUGUGUGGCCAUCCAUGCAGGUGGAGUGAUUGUUCCUUCGCGCAGCACGUCCAGCGAUUCCUCGUGGCUUCCGGCCGAAGGUGCAUUUCACGGUGGAUUCAGCUUGCUUCUCAUCGUACGGGCUUUGGUGUGGACGUCUACAGGCAUUUGUGACGAAAGCUGGUGUGUGUGCGUGCGUGCGUGUGCGCGUUUCUGUGGCGUUUUCGUUUAUUUGCUUCGUUGUUUGUUUGUGCUCUCAGCCCUCCAGUAUGUUGACACUGGGCGCCAACUUCAAGGGAGAUCGGAUUCUCUUUUUUUUCCCUCCUUCGAACAGUCUCUCGUGCGCGAGCCUCUCGUUUUGUGGUCCCUACGGACAAGGACGCGUUGUUUACGAGUCGUUAUACAAGCACCUUGUCAAGCUUCUUAUUCGCUUUCUCACACGUGUAACGUACCCACUUUGUUUAUCUGUGUGUGUGCGUGUGUGUGUGUGUUACCCUUCCUCUCUUGAUUCCACGCUUUAUGUGUACUUCACGCGUGGGAAGAACAACUUGAAGACUGGGAAAGAAAGCUCCCACCUACACUCAGAAAAAUGUUAUGCCCUUUAGAGUGUAACUUUGCCAUACAACAGCAAAUUUGAUCAUACAUUUGGCGUUUUAAGCUAGAAUUCAUGUAGCAAACAAAAUGCUUAUAUAGGGCACAGAGAUGGAAGCGCUCGUAAAGGUUGUUGGAACGGCUGUUCCCCUUAUUGCCUAAGGGCUGUCAGUCAGCAUGUACAUCUGAGUAGAAAGCAUGCAACAGGUAGAAAAUAGCUUAUACGUAUGGCAAAACUAAAAUGCAGUAUUACAGCUAACAGGGAGCAGACUAGGCUUUGACGACGAAACAGAGAAAAGCGCCUUCUUGUGUCGUUCUGGUAUAGAUGCGUGCUAUCAAGUGUGUCCCACUAACUAGCGCAAUCUGGCGCUGCUCAAAUAUAGUAGACUAACUAAAAUACUGUACGUCAGCGAACGUAUAGGGCGAUGUUCAAGCACAUAAGCACAUUCAGAUGACCCAGCUCUUGCGAGAAUUCGUGGUCAUCACGGCAGUUCUUUCCUUAACGUUCCCAUUGAUUUGCUGCCAGGAUCACCCUGGGCACGCCAGGUGAUUUUGCACACGAUGUACCCAGAAAACUAUGCUUUUUUUUUUCAAAGUUGUUGUGGGUCAGAAUUACACUCCAGCAGGUGCGACAUUUUUCGGAGAUGUGUGGGUAGAGAUGUUGCUCACAGGAAUCAUUGAAGAGGUAACAGCCGCGUAGACAUUGAAAUUUCUAACGCUUUUAACCAGACUGCAGCAGAUGUAGGAGUAUCUUCUCUUAUCUACUUAUCCAACAGCCAUCGUGUUGUGAAAUUAGGAAGUCUGUGCCGUGUCGGUGCCAGCAGCAGAUGUCGCAAGUGUGAGCGUGUUUAUUACAUUUUGCAAGGCGGCUUCUUCGUUAUGGAAGCGUGCACGAACACGGGCCCACCGUAAUGUUUUUUCGCAAGCUUCCGGCAGCGAAGCUGUUUCGCGCGUUGGCACUGCCUUGCCCUAUUUGCUCUUGUUGCAGCGCUACUCGCCGCUGCCAGGUGCGAGAGGACGUUUCCGGAGCGCUACCUCAGGCCAGCCAGGUGCACAUUAGCGCGAGCGGAUGUGUUACGUAUAAUUUGCUGGAUAAUAUCGCGAAUGGCGGCAAGGCAUACCAGAGGAGCAUUCGUUCGCUUUUCUGCUAAUCUGUAUCGACGUUCUGCUAGUCUGUUCUGAUAGUUCUGCUAAUCUGUAUCGACGCAUUGCCUACUUCAUAUAAAUUUGCUGCGCAAGCCUAUAGAAAAUGUCGGGCUGACUUAGCCCGGGAGAGGAGUUUCAUUUAGUAUGUGAGCUCUUUUAACUCCCUCGGUUGACAUGUGGUAUGAAUAUAUUAGUCUGCACAUCGAACAUCUUUUUUAUUGGGCAAAACCAUUUCUGCCGAUUUCGUUAAACGUGGACGUGAAUGUACUUGCGACAUGUACAAAGAAAUUACAGAAAAAGCUAUCUCCGCGACGGCGUCAAUCCUCUGCAAUCGCUGCACACUUCUUCUCCGGGUCAUAUUCCCGAUCCUGUGACUUUAUGCGGCCACAUACCACAGGUUCUAAAGCUGUUCAACUAUUUAUUCGCACGAUCAAUGAAGACAUCUCAACUGUGGUACACUAGGAACACUAAUAACAAUUGGAUAUUUGUGAUCAGGGAGCAACCUCAGAGAAGGACCGCAAACAGCAAACUAAGCAAUUGUAAAUUUUUGCGCGGCUGUCAAAUACUGGACGCUAAUUUAACAUUUUGGUGCGGCGAUAGCGACACGCCCAGAAAGCAAGAAGAAGGAGCAAAAUUAUAGAAUGUCAAGACAAAGGUAUAAAGUACUAUUUUUCUAUAGGGUACAUUAGCGUAGUCAGCUGAAAGAUACAAACGCAGACAAGGACGAGUGUUUUGUGUUCGUGCCUAAUCGAGACUUUGCACUCGUAUACCUUAGGUCGAAUGCGACACCAACUAGCUCAGCAUUCAAUUGGAAUAGGCUUCACGUUUCGGGUGCUUUGGCUGGUGUCGAAAACCAGGCGUAUCUGCUUGUUUCUUUUGAUGCACCGAAGCCUGCGUUAGCGUACCGCAAGACGUCCUGUCGCACUUAUCAAGCGCUUGUUUCCUCGUUAGGACUCCUCGUGUGUUGUGCUAGCACAGAAGGCGGCUAUCGAGCGUCUCUGCAAACGCCGCCUGCUCCUGCGUCGCUUUUCUCCGAGAGGAAAAAAAAAAGUGCCUAUCCCCUCGCCCUGUAGCUAUGUCACUGAAUGCGUGCACGUGUAGAGCUGUUUCUGCGGUAGGUCGGUAAUAAAAAGAAAACAGCGAAGCGGCAUUUGCUUGCACAUAAAAGCGUUUUACUUAGCGGGAGCACGCGCAAACUAGACCGUGCGAUCGGCUGAAGAAGGCUUUGGUGUGUAAAUACAGAAUCACGAUCCUGAACUUGAAAAAUUGUUGGUGAAGUCUCACCAGAGAAGAGUUCUGGUGCGGUGAACUGUAGGGGUUGCCCAACCGUUUUUGCAGUGUUAUCUUGGGCACUAGUGCUAGCUAGCUAGAAGGUCCAUCGCUCAAACUUCUUCUGGCAAGUCUGAAACAAGGAAGCUUCAUGAUGUAGGUCAGCUGCGUCGAGGCACACACGUUACCGAAGCACCGUGAAUCCACUUGCGUCGCGGAUCACGUUGAGAGCUCAUAGCCUAGACGUGAGAGCCACAAAUGUUGCUUCGAAUAGUGCAAAGCCAACACAAACACGAGAAAAAGACAAUCAAACGUCAGCGAUAACCAGAAGCCUGUUAUUCGUGCCCGAGUUACCUUUUUUCUGCCUGAAGAUACAUUCAUUCCAACUAGCACAAUCGCAAUGAUUACUUCACCAGGCCUCCUCCGAAAUUCGCUCGUAAUGGCUCGCCCUCGGCGACCGAGACAUCCAGGCAUAAAGGCACGGCCUUCAGCAGCGGACCGCAUUGCCUCUUGCGCGCGCGCCCAUGCAGGCCUCCCCGAGAAGGCGCUUCGACGUUGCCCUCCCAUUGCGUCCGCAGCAGCCAGCCGCCGAAGAACGUAUAUACCCGCGUCUUUUGCACUUUUUAAUGCCAAAGCGCGCAGCCCACCUCAUUUGGACAGAGACACUGCUCUGCGCUCGGUAGGUUUGCAUAGGUUACGUAGCCCGUUGUCCUUCUAGCCGCAAGGCGUGUUGAUGGUUGAGAAGAUGGAGCGAUCUGGCGAAGGUCCCCGAGUGACGACGGUUCUCCCGUUCGGCAUGCACAGAAGCGUUCUUUGUUUUCUUGUUAGGGCCGGACGCGCCAGCUUUGUCUUUUCGGAGCGGGCAUCUUGUUCUUCACCCUUUGUCACAACGAGCGGCGGCACGUGAACACUGAUAAAGGGCAAGCAUAUUGAGCGGCUGUGGUUCACGAGGAGUGAAAGGUAAACGUUUGACGUGAAGGUUGUGGGUGAACUCGCUAGUGUGCCGUUGCACGCCGGGGUGGAGAAAUGCCUAGUGGGUGCACUCGUAAGCCCGCUGGUUUCUAAUUCGUGUACUGUCUUACCAUUUUUAGCGCUAUGCGCACAUAGCGCAUAUACUAUAGGGUGCUUUUAUUAAUGAAAUAAGAAAAAAAAAUAUCCCGCUCCACUUUGUUAGGGAGAACAUUCUGCGCUUUUCUACGACGUCAUUGCUUAGCGUCGAAUUCCUCCGGAGUGUAUCUUGAUUGCCUCCCCGUGAUCCCUGCCCACGACACUGUUUUUACGCAGCAUUUUCUUUCAAGUUCUUGCGGCGCUCAUCUCAGAACUUCAACGUAUAACCACAGAGGGAAUUUGUGACGUUUUUUUCUUUCUUUUGGUGUCCUGCUAUUGUUAUUUAUCCUGGUAGCCAGUUUCAUAAUAAAGAAACAAAUCGAA